AUGGGCCUUCCUCUGGAGUUCCUGCAAAACUUGAUAUUGUUGUGCACUGAAAAUGUGCGUUUCCAGUUUGAAGGGAAGGCCUACAAACAGAUUGACGGCGUCGCCAUGGGUAGUCCUUUGGGACCAGUUCUGGCAGAUAUCUUUUUGGGUAUGAUUGAAAGGAAAGCUGCUGCCUGCAUUAGUGAAGCCAAGCUUUACAAGCGUUAUGUAGAUGAUAUUCUCGUUUUCACCAAUGGGGAACAUUUUGACCGUCUUUCUGCCCUCCUGAACUCAAUUCAUCCUAACCUUUCUGUAUCACAGGAGAAGGAAAAAGAGAACAGACUGCCGUUUCUGGACGUGCUCAUCAAAAGAAGGACCGAUGGCACACUGCAGCGCACUGUGUAUAGAAAAGCGACCUGGGGGGACAAUACCUGCAUUUUUCUAGCUUCGCCCCAGUCGCAUACAAGCGCGGCCUCGUAA